AUGCUGAAAGUACUGGAGCAGGUAGAAACAAAUGUUUCACCUCCUGAGGUGACUGAAAUGACUGGCCCAGAUGUCAUGGAAGAGAAAUGUGGCUCCGCUGCCAUUCGUUUUGUUGCCUACUUCUCUGACAUUUUCGACUCCAAGGUAGAGGGAAGAAACAAGUAUCUCGAAUUGUUAUUAUCAGUUGCAGAGAAGUUCAAAAAGAGUCCUUACAGCUAUGUUUGGGCGGCUGCAGGUAAACAGCCAGAUCUUGAAAAUCACGUAGGUGUUGGUGGAUAUGGGUAUCCAGCUUUGGUAGCCAUGAAUGUGAAGAAAGGAGCAUACACGUCACUUCGAAGUGCAUUCGAGCGUGACCAGAUUGUAGAAUUUGUAAAAGAAGCUGAAUAUGGAGGGAAGGGCAAUCUGCCUCUAGAGGAACCCCUGUGA